AUGCUGGUUCAAAAUCCUACUUUACCAUGGUUUGCAGUCACUGGUGAUUAUUGUCCAUCCUCCUCUACUCAAUCUGCUCAAACCCAACAUUUCGCACAAGUUUUUGGAUUGUCUGUACCAAUCAGAAGAGUACUGAGUCCCAAACAAUCACUAACCCACUCUCAUUUUGCAUUAUUUCCAACUUGUCAAAGUGUUGACACUCAAAGUCGUCAUCAAUUGAGCUCUGGAGAUCACUGUUCAAAUAUCAUUUCACCUGUAAUCGUCACUAUGCCUCGUCACUCACGUUCAAAUGGAAACCAGGAUAUGGAUCUACCAGUUUUCACAGAACCACUUGGUCCAAUUGCAACUGGAUGUAAACGUGAUGCUUCUGCACUGUCAGCAAAUUGUACUAUCCCCCCUAUUACGACAACAGCUAACAUCCCAUUGGAUACUAACGAUCAGUGCACUAUUUAUCUCCCACCAAAACCUAAAGAAUCGGAGAGAAUGAUGCAUAUUCAACGGUGGGUGAAUCAUCUUCCUUGGAAUCUAAAUAAUGUGUGCGAUGCCUCUGGUCGGUCUCAUGUACCCUAUCCCAUUCCUGUUCGUUCUCACAUAGACGAUGAUCGUGAAUUAACUCCCCCUCCUGGUCGAACUUACUUAACUAGAUUACCAUUUACACCCGAAGAACAACAAGCCAUGGUCCGAUUCUUUCCUUCCCAUACAAGUCAGUUUCGGCACCAGCAUCAGACACACGCUGUUCCGGAUCCCCAACCUAGGUAUCACACCUUCCCGAAUCAUUGUCCGAAUCAACAAACAUCCAAUAAUCAUCAAUUUUCUUCAUCCCAGAGACCUAGUCAAGAAGCCUGUAAUGUCUUUCCUUCCGUUAGAAAUAUUCCUGAGUAUGUCAAUGAGAAUAACCGAAAACGUGGACAAGAAGAUAUCGGAGGUAGUCGAUUAUUUGCAGAUUGGGAGACCAGACUAAUUAGCCGACUUUUUAAAGAGUUCUUCCAUGGAAAUCCUAAACCUAAUGGUGUAUGCGGUACACUGCCUUCUCUUAGUGAAGUUCGAUCUCGUAUAGCUUCUUCACGAUUGAAAGAAACAAGAACAGCUACAGCUGUCAGAUCCAAAAUUCGUCGAAUGCAAUCAUCCGGUACAUGGUUAAAGUAUCAAUGAUAACUGUAUUUUCCACUGUCUAAAACCCUUUUAAUAGUCCUUUUGUAUUAAGUGAGUAAUUGUGCUCAAUUGUUAAAAGCCUGUAGACAACAAUAAAAAACAAAUAGCGCUCAAAUAAUAUAUAUACAUGGUUUCAAACCGGAAUUUCUCUCAUUCUACGUCAUUGUUCUAGUUUUCCAGUCAAUCUUUAUAGUUCAUAUUUCAACCGUAUCAUUCCAGAAUACAUAUGUAUGUAUGUCCGAUCCUUUUACUGUAACCUUACUGUUUGCAGAAAUAUAAAUCUACUAAUCACCUACAAUAUAUUUAUAUAUAAAAUAUGUAUGUAUGCAAAAGCAAUUUACUUGAUGACAACAUAUGCUGUUUAUAGCCCCCGUGUUCUUUCUGACCUUCAAUAUACCAAUGUGUGAAACUUAUCCUGCCCUAUUUAAUACUUUAUGUACUCUCAUAUUUAUUUCUGUCUUCUUUCUCAUUCGUUUAUUUGUGGUACUUCGUACAGUAUUAUCAUUUUAUAUACAUUCAUAUAUUAUCACCAUUAUCAGCGUUUUGUUUCCAAGUUUUCUUUAUCUCUAUAAUUUGUCUCUUAUAUCAUGUGUUAUUAGAUAUCAAUUGUGCAUAUCAACUCUUCUUGUUUGUUUGUUUCCGUUUCUUGUAUGUUAAUUUGUUUCUGAAAGGUUAUUACCACUUAUCUUGGUUUUUUUUUUCAUUCUGUGUAUACGAGAAACAAGAAAUCAAUGUAAUAAACCUUGUCUUCAUUCUGUUUUAUAACAAGGGUAGCCUGGUUUUCUAAUUUAUUGGUUAAUAUAAUACUAAUAAUAACGAUCUCUUAAAUAAAAUUUCUCGUAGAAGCUGUUCAAUUAUUUCAACUGAUAUCUAUUAUAAAUGUAUCAUAGAAUUUAGAUUUGUUUAAUGUACAUGUGUUUCAAGUUAAUUCGAAAAAUAAUAACUCAUUCUUUAUCU